CAAUGACUUGGAAAUGCUUUUUAUUAGACAUUUCUGUAAAAUCAUUCAACAUUUAUAUUUCAAUGUGAAAAACCUAAGAAAAUAAAUUAAUAAUUUUGUUGUUUGUUUGUAGAAAAAUAUAAUUUUGUUUUCAUUUCACUGUCCAUUUCCUGGAGGUAUAAAAACAAAGAUAUUUGGUCACCAAACCUACUAUUUACUAAAACCCGCUAUAUUCAUAUAUUAUUUAAAUAUUUAACAAUAAUCUGUAUUAUAAUUGAAAUCGAGAGCAAAGUGGUCGACAAAAACUGUUCGCCACUUAACCCCAUAUCCCGACCCCAAAAAUAUCAGAGGCUAUUCAUAUUCAGCUCCGGUAUCCUCACAAUUACCCCCAAAAUCCAGAUCCCAACCGAACUGACGGGGAGUGUGGCGUCGGGUCUGUCCAUAGGACUCCCCAUUAAAGUGAAAUUUCAGUCACAAUAUCAGUUGAUGUCUGAAUGGAUUAAACAG